AUACAGAAAGUGACGAGUUAGGCAAUGACUCAAAUGAGGAUGAUGAUGAUGAUGGGAUAAGAGACUUGCGACGUGAUAUCGGUAGUUUCUUUAACGAUUGUCCUGUUGAGAAAAAUUUGGGGGCUUCUACAGAUUCGAAAGCACCAGAUAGAGACAUUGAUAUCUACUUAAAGCCAUUAGUAGAUGAGUUGAAUGAGUUAUGGGAUAAGGACAUUAUUCAAUUAGAUUAUGUCAAGGGUAAAAGUGUUGUUCUUUUUAAAUACAAGUGGUAUGAUCUGGAGUCUAGAAAUGCUAAUAUCAGGAUCGAUGGAAAUGUGCAAAGCAUAAAUGUAACCAGAUUAUGUGCAACAACAGAAGAAGAUUCUGUUGAUGAAGAGGAUCUUGAAAUGUCUCCUGCAGAUAUUGAAGAAUAUCACAUAGAGUCAUUAGAUAGAGAUGAUGUCGAACCUGAUAUAGUAGAUAACACUUUAUUGAAUACAAUGCAAGGUUUACAUUAUGAAGUAGGAGAGUUAGCAAUAAGGGAUAAUGAGGAUGAAGAUGAUACCUUGGUAGAAUAUUGCAUCGAAGAUGAUGAUCAACAGAAUGAUGAUGAUAAUGACCAUGACAAUGAUUUAUUUUGA